AUGGCUCGAGAAGUUACGCAGGAUUUUAUGGAUAUUGAUGAUGAAAUAACUUUACAAGAUAUUACUUUUCAAGUAGUGGAGUUUCGAAAAGAACAAAUAUUCGACACUUUUUACGAAAAAUCUUCCAAUGUAUUCCCGAGAAAUAUUUUUCAUGAUAAAAACUGGAAAGAAGAUGAAAGUACAUUAAUAAAAAUAACGGAACGUAUUCUUGAGACACGUGAUGAGAUAUGGAGUAACCCCGCAUUUAUGACUAGUAUGUCUCGUAGUGAACAGAGUGCGUCAUGUAGAUCCGUCAGCAACCAAUUUGGAAUUGCAGGGAUUCAGAUUGCCGGUACAGAUAUGCGUCUCAACGUUCUUGUAAAGGACUUGGCUGGCUUACCGAGAUAUUUCCAUUUCGACAAUUCUGAAAUCCCAUUAUCACCCCCAUACGUUGCAUACCAAAUCUCUAUUAACUUUGAGAAACAUUAUGAUCGUAAACAAAAGCUUAUUAGUACAGGCAUUAGAACAAGCUAA